AUGAAUAAUAUACUUAUGGAUGAAAAUUUCAAGAAGAGCACCAUAGUCAUUGAUGGUCAGAAGAAAUCGGUUGGUGAUAUUUUAAAAGAUGCUAAAGAAUCAUUGACAUUUGAAGAAUGGAGUAAGUUUCUGAUCCUUAACGAAACCGUUAUAUUUGUUGAAAAUGUCUGUCACUUCAUGACAGAUUUGAUAUAUAUAUCGUAUCAUUUAUCAAACAGUGAGGUCAUCAAUGAAAAGGAAAAGAAUCAACUUGAUAUUACUCAAGAAAAAUUUAAGAAACAGGUAAAGGAGUUGCAAGAAAAAUUAAGUAAAGUCAUAUUUGGAUCUGACAUAGGCACUCUACAAAAUUCAAAUCAUUUUAAAAAAUUAGUAGAUAAGAAGUUCAUUAAGGAACUUUUCAUUAACACAAGAAUAAUUUCUACUAUUUGUCAAAAUGAUUCGAAAGAACUCUCUUUACAAAUACAUAACAGCUUAAUGGGACUAUUUAACUUGUACAAUUUCAUGAAGAAACUAAGGUCCCAAAAUAAAGCACAUGUAACCAAAGCACAAUUAGAUGUUUUGACCAAUGCAUUGAGCAACGACAUGAUUCCGUGUUGGAAUGCCCAACUUGAUCUAUUAAAUAGGUUCACAUUCAACAGACUAAUAGAGAACAAAUCAGUAAUAAAAGAGUAUACAGAAAAAACAAAUAACACUAAUGUAGAUGUAACAUCUGGAGAAGGUUUUAAAAGCUACAUCAAUUGGUUACAAGAUACAAUAAUCGGUGUUGGCAGUCAUCAAAGCAAAUGA